AUGGCACAGCUUCUCCUACCCUCACUAUUGCAAACACUCGAUCCAAUGCCAUCCUCCACCCUAGUAUCAUCAUCCAGCACAGCAACAUCGUCGUCGUCAUCAUCAUCGUUAUCACCAAGCUCUACUGAUAUUGUUGCCGAAGUGACAAACAAGGUUUUCUUUGACAUUCGAAUUGCACGACAAGAUGGGAGUACCUACGUCAGAGAUGAUUUGCCUGAUACCUUUGAAAAUCGAGUGAUAUCGGCCCGGAUUACCAUGGGAUUGUUUGGCAAACAAGCACCCAAUCACGUCGAAAAGUUCUUAUCCUACGUCCUUCCUCCCAAGGAUACUGACGUGGAUAACCCAUAUCCAGCGUUCAGUCGGUCGUCCUUUACUUCGCUGAACCAAGAAACGGGUCUUCUUGCUGGUGGUUACAUUCCGUCUUUGCGAGUGUCCGAUAUUGGUGGAUCGACCGCAUUGACCUAUGGUUCCCGUGUACUUCCAGCACCCCUUUGGAUUGAAAAGUCGUCGCCAUCCAUUACCACCACCAAACUAUCCCACAAUGCCAAAGGAUUGCUGACGCACAAAACCUUGGACGUGACACCCACCUUUGGGAUUACCACUCGACCGGAACCUUCCUUGGACGCAACGCACACGAUAUUCGGACAAGUCCUAUGGGAUGAUAGUACUGUAAGCUUGUUUCGGGAUUUUGAAGAUAUUCCCACCUAUGCUCUGGAACGACCAGCAGGAUACGAUGAUUUCAAUACUGGUGGAUUGGCCACAUCGGUGUACAAUGCUCAAAAGGACUUCUUUCGAGGGGCUGCCAAAAGCUUUGGUGAUACACGAGUCUCUAAGCUGUAUGAAGGAAAGUUAUUGCGAAGAGUUGAAGUGCUACAAGCAGGAAUAAUACAGUGA